GAAAAUGCUUCCAUUGUUUUCGGAACUCUCCUUAUUUAUUUGCCUUUCCUUCCCACCUUUUUCGUAGAUUUUAUUAGUUAUUAUUAUUUCGGGGAACCCUUAAUUGUUGUUGCAUUUUGAAAUAUCAUUAUCCUGUCUUCUUGGGUGUGCAAAUUGUAUUUAAAUGUAAGAGGUUUCUAAUACAAACAUCAUCCUCAGUUCUACAAUUGUACAUUUCCCCUACAGUAUUGAAAAUGCUUGGAAUUGCUAAUGUGGAGAGUGAUACGUUUGUUUAACUACAUUUUCAAAAAGUGACAUUUCCACGUGUCCACGAACCAUGAUAGGAUAAAGAGAAGAGCUUGUGAAAUUAAUAGUAGUAAUAUUCACUUAAAUGUUAUACAUUAUUAUGUGUUCAUCGAUAUCUAGUGUCAGAAAUCUAAGCUCGUUUAGAAUCAUAUUUGGUAAAUCUACAAAUUCAUUGACAUUUUAAUUCAAUGGAAAAGUUCUUCCUCUUACAAUAAUGUCCGUUUUUCAUGCUUUUUAUUGCGCUCCGUGUGGACUUCAUUUAUUACCCUUAUAUGCAACUUUUGGCACUAGCUUUUUGCCAAACCAGAAUUGCUUUUAAUAAAAUAGCCUAAUAGAUAUUUAGUGAAAUACUGCUUAAGUUGUAUCUUACCGAGCCCAAAUGAACGCCUUUUAAGGGAAUUAGUCUUUGUCUAACAUGGUGAAACCUUGAUUCCACAAAUGAGGAGUGGACUUUGUUAAACAGUAAAUAGACUUUGUUGCAAAACGUUUUUAAACGAAGUAACAAAGAGAAAAAUAUUUGUUUACGAUACAACGCAAUUAAGGUUCAUAUGUGCCGUCAUCUGCCUUGUCAAGACUUUUGUCUGUAAACGAAGCUCCUUAGUCAACCUCACUCAAGACGGGGGUGAUAUUAUAUUGCUAUAGAUAUACUUAUGACUCCAGAGAUCCAGGAUGACAUCAUUUCUCAAGGUCCCCGACAUAUACCACAAUCUCCAUAUUUUUGUGAAAUUAUUCACAGAGCGGAUUUCAAGAAUAAUGUUUUCCAAAACACUCGCAUAUAUAGACGCACUCGUAGCCAUAUGGUCAUAUUCUGCAUCCCCCAUGCUGUGUUUUGGUAUAUUCAAACUUCGCCAUAUCGUUCUUGGCUCGGCAUGUGAUUCGGUCCGCUGUCUGCACGCUUCCCAACGUGCCCCGCAAACACAUCGUGGGUAAUGGAGCGGGAAAAUUCUAUGUGGGAUAUUUCUCAUAUUUAUAGCUACUCGAGAGGUGAUCGCGUUCACAGCAAUUAUUUUAAUUUCUCUUUUUGAUUACAUUCCAAGUGCGUUGGUGAAAUUGCAACAUAGGUAUUACCCUGCAAUCAACAUACUAACUAUAAAACACAACGAAACCCAGUCGGGUCGGUUCAGCCUUUGAUUGCGGGGGGUGAUGCCGGGGUUUCUCAUCGGCGAUGGCAAGACAAUAGAAACGGUGAUUUUCUGCGUUUCGCCCACCGUUUUAGUGCAGGGUUCCUUAAUUAUCUUGCUCCCUUUUCUCCUUACAUCACUGGGAGCCAUCCUUCGGAUACUGGCUGAGUGCCCCACCUCUUCCCACCCUCCCAGUUAACGGAGUCUGCCUAACACGGUGUAAUGCCAAUCCUUCCUGACAGGCAGUGCCCAGGCCUCCGCCCCUCUCUCAAUGGCCUCAGUGGGCUGCCUGGAGGCGCAGACCCGAUGUGCUGCGGAUACGUCCUGUAAGGCCGCUUACCAGAUCCUGACCCACUGCGCUUCCUUGGAGCUGGGCUCGUCCCUGGCUGCAGAGGUGCCCCGCGAGUGCCUGGAAGCGCAGGGCUCUCUGUCCCAGCACAGCUCGCUACUGUCCUGCAAGUGCCGACGGGGAUCCCGCAGCGAGGAGCUCUGCCUCAUGGUGUACUGGACGGUGCGCUUUUCGCAAGGCUUUGAGGAGUACGACUCCUCCCCGUAUGAGGACUUGGAGAUGGAGCUGGUGAGGAGCAUCGAGAUGUCCCGCAUGUCCUCCAUCGUGGCAGCCUCAUCUCUGCCUCCGAAUGGGCAGAACCAGUGCCUAAAGGCGGCGCAGGACUGCGGCCUGUACGAGAAGUGCGGCUCUCUGCGCUCCGAGUACGUGCUUGCCUGCACCAAGCGUGUGCCCGGCUCCGAGCGUUGCAACCGGCAGAAGUGCCACCGGGCGCUGCGGCGUUUCCUGGAGCGCGUGCCCGAGCAGUACAGCUUCGGCGUGCUCUUCUGCCCCUGCACCGACACGCUGUGCGGCGAGCGCCGUCGCAAGACCAUCGUGCCAUCCUGCUCCUUCGAGGACCGCGACGGAAAACCCAACUGCCUGAGCCUGCAGGCACACUGCAUCAGGGAUGAGCUGUGCAGAUCGCGGCUGGCUGAUUUCCAGCAUAACUGCCAGGCGUCUCCCUACUCGCUGUCCGGCUGCCUGCAGGACAGCAGCGCCGUGUGUCUGAAGGCCUACGCGGGGCUCAUAGGCACCAUCAUGACCCCCAACUAUGUGAGCAACAGCAGCAUGGAGGUGUCGCAGUGGUGCAGCUGCGAGGGCAGUGGGAACCAGUGGCAGGACUGCCUGCGCAUCCUGCACAUGUUCAGUGACAACGGCUGCCUGCGCAAUGCCAUCAGUGCCCUGGGAAGCUGGCCCUCCCGGUCGGUGGAGACCACCCCUUUGCCCCGCCCACGCCCGUCUCCACGUAUCCGGCACGACGAGAUAAACGGAAACGUCCUCCCCGAGCUCAAUGUGGUGGAAAAGAGUGAGGAGGAAGAGGAGGAGGUGGUGGAGGAGUCCCACGAGGAGGUAGAAAGGGAGUUCAACGUCAUCCAGCUGUAUUCGGAAAAAGGCACAGAGUCGAACAUGCACUCCGGAGCCUGGGGGUGGGCUGGUUCCCCCGGCCCGUCCUUGCUGCUGUCCCUGCUGCUGCUGCUGACUGACACACUGAACUAAAGGGGGGGGGCAGCACAUGGGGGACCCCCGAAGCUCCGCCUCCACCCAACCCCUCCCCCACAUUGAUGCUCAGAGAGGGAGAGCGAAUGAGGCAGCAGGCAGGAUGGAGGAAGAGGAGCGGAGAUGGACGGACUGAGGAAUGGCCUCUCUUUGCGUGUCGUAUUGCUCUCUCUCUCUCUCUUGCGUGUAAUCGUCUCAUUCACCGCUUUUCUCCCCACUAUUGGCGGCGAUCGGGCGACUGCGCCCUCCCCAAACGGACCGAUCGGUGCGCCUCCCUCUUCGCCUCCUCCAUCCGGCACCCGGCUCCCAGACACUCAUCAGUGCGAUUGCACCCCCCACACGCCAUCUUGUGAUUCUAUGUGUAAAAGUGCCGGGGCUGAAUGGCAGCCCUGUGGAAAAGCAGCAUCCCUUUUCUCCCGUCUCCUGUCUGCCGGUAACCCCCCCCCCCCUCCCUGUCCUUGCCCUCUGCAGGAGCGCCUGCCCUAUCACAUGGGGGCAAUGCCAGGGGGCUUACAGCUGAUGAACACGGCACAGAGGCAUUUUUUGGGGACGGGACAAGGCAAGGAGUGAGAGGGGGAGGUGGACAGACUUGAAGCUGCGUCGCAUUAACGUUCCGUCUCUUUCUCUGUCUCGCUCUGCUCGCGCCUCCCUCUCCCCCACGUUAGCAUGCGCCUCCGACCCCCGGCGAUCAAACAUCGUCUGGCUAAGCCCCCCUUCAUCGCUUUAUCUGCCGCUGUUUAAUUUUGCCACCGCAUGGGUCUGAGAGUUUAACCACAGGCGUCGACACGUAGCAGGAAAAAACCCUAAUAACAGCAAAACGGAAAAACAAUAUGUGUAAUAAAGCAAAAAUCGAAGAGCCGCGCCGCGCAUCUCGGGUCUGCACACGUGGGGAAAUAGAGACCUAUUUGUUUCCGUCCGCAGGCUUUUUUUUUAGGGGAUUGUUUUAGUUUUGGGGAGACAAUACAUUAUGGUGGGGGCCAUUUAUCUUCUGCGGCAUUGUGGGAGAGAUUGUGGGAGAGGAAGAAGGGGCAAGCGUGCGAAUGCGUGCGAAUGCGUGCGGAGGAGAGCGAGGAAGAGACAGCAGCAGUGUGAGGCCCUGGAGCACAAACAGAGCGCGCACCAUUGCCGAGUCCCUACUCCUCCCUGCUGAUCGAUCGCUCACUGACACUGUGUUUUCUUCUAUUGUGUUUUCUUAGGAACUUGCAAAAUUAACUUCCAUCUGCAGGGGAUGGGGGGGGGGGUUGGGCUGGGGCUGAUUUAGAGGCAGCAUUAGUGGUAGUCACACCUCUGUCACCCUGCCCGCCAUCUUUAAUCUCUCUUUCUGUCUGCCGAGGUGAAAAGCUUUAGUUGUCGUGGCAACCCUCCCUCGAAUCCCUCCACCUUCCCGGGGCUCAGAGUGUUUAUCGGAGCCCCCCCCCUCGUACCUUAAACAAACGCCGCCUUUGAUAUGAUACAUCAAAGAGGAGAGCACUCGCUGGCGGAAGGCAACAUUGUGCCAGGGAAACUCCAGAGAUGGGAUUGGGAGGGACAGGCAGUGGGUUAACUGGGAAGGAGGAUCAAUCGUGCCGUCGAGUCUGAACCUCGUUUAUGAUGACCGCUGUAAUUUUUAAUUGUUAUUGCGGUCGUUUGUCGUCUGGUGACAUCUGUAUGUGCCGGGAGCUUGACAGUGACAGUCGGUGGUGAGGGAGGGACCUUCAUGGCCUUGAUUUAUAUUACAAUAUUUUAGAAAUCAUUAUUAGUGAGCUAAGAAGUCAUGCGUUAAAUAAACAUGCAGUGCAAGGUGGGGGGGGGGAUUUGAGUAUAAAUAAGUUUUUUUUUAUUGCAGCUAUUGUGCUAAAGCUGUAUAAUUUGCCCCAACCCGACUUCCCGAUGCAAUUUCCCUCGUAAAAAAAUCUGGUGCUGCCUUAAGUUCUCUGUUCCAAGACCCUUUACUGUGGCAGCACAGUGGUCUGUUUCAACAGCGUCUUACUGAUGACUGGAGAGAUGGAAUCAGAGAGAGAGAAAGAGAGAGAGAGAGAAGGAGGGAGAACGGGAGUGAAAGUGACCAAAAGGCUCUGGGUAGCAUUAGUGCUAUAGUCAGACACUCAGAUUUAUUUCCAUGCCUUGAGGUGAGAGCCAGGUCUCGCUUCCAUUGUGUUACCUAGUGCUUCAAUGUGCGUUGCUGGAUGUCCAUGCAUCAACAUCAGCGAGCUUCAGAAUAAACUUCCAAAACACACUCGCAUCGUUACUUUGCCUGCUGUUUCUCUCCCUCCAGUGCUCCCAUGAAGGGAGAGCCGAAAUAAACAGUGUAAAUUCUGUGACAUUUAAAAGCUAUUUUUUCUAUAUGGUAUGUACACGUGGAUGUACAGGUGUGUGAUCUGCGUUCCUUUUUAUUAACUGCCGUUGCCGUGGACGUGGUCGGGCUCCUCCCUGUCCCCCCACCCACCCCCGCCCCGUUUGUUCGAUUCGGGCAGAAAGGUGCCGCCCCCCCUGCUGGGGGAAACAAAGCUACUGUCCACAACCUGACGGCGAUUUCAUCUGUACUGUUUAUGGUGAAAGCUAAAUGCCUGUGGUCUCUAUGCUGAACACCACGUCAGAAUCACUGGCCGUCUCAGUCAUAACGACGUGUUUUUUCUUUCUUCCAGAUUUCAAAACCAAUAAUGCUUAGGUGUAUUUAAGUUUGAUGUGUGCUAAGAGAGGAUAGAGACACAACUGGAAUUAAGGAAUCAUACGAGCGUUAAAGCUCGUAAUGAAUCUCAGACAGUUACAGAAUAAAAUGCUAAUAACUAAAUGCUAAUCAAUUUAGAAAUUAGCUAACAUAAUAUCAAAGGCAGCAGCGACAGAGGGGAAUUGGUUGGUUCAGUAGUUCUCCGUGGUGGCAAAUCCACAGAACCCAUUUGUUGAGAGCGAACAGGACCCAGAGCUUCUCUAAGUUGUGCCGUCUGGCCCAUUUGGCGUCAGAAAAGUCUCUCCGAUUCCCUCGUCUGUGUCCGUAACAUUCAGGUUUUGUUCUGUGCUGUUUUCUAUCAGGUGUGGACAAAAAAAAAAAAAAAAAGCAACUUGCGACACUGUGCAAAGAUGAGUCAAUAAAAAGAGCAACCUCACGUU